AUAAUUGUUCAUGGAUUCCUAAAUAAUAAGGAAGAGUCUUGGAUUUCUGAUAUGCGCCAAAAUAUUCUAUCUGAGGUGGACGCAAACGUGAUAGUGGUGGAUUGGGAAAAAGGCGCCGAUCAUCUUGAACAUUAUGAACAGGCUGCUGUGAAUACUGAGGUGGUUGGAACCAUUCUCGCUCUACUUGUAAGAAAUCUAGAAGACCACCAGGGCGCCAAAAAAUCACAUAUCCACAUCAUUGGACACAGUCUAGGGGCCCAUGUUGCAGGAUUCGCAGGAAGUGCCCAUAAGGAAACAAGAUAUCAAAGGAUCACAGGUAUGGAUCCUGCAGGACCAUUUUUCAACACAAAAGGAAGUGACGCGAGAUUAGAUGAAACUGAUGCCCAUUUUGUGGACGUGAUUCAUACUGACGGUGGCGGAUUUGGUUAUUUAAAUGCGAUGGGUCAUUUGGAUUUUUAUCCGAACGGUGGACAAGAGCAGCCUGGAUGCUUGUCUACGUGUAGCCAUUCUCGAGCUUACGAACUCUUCACGGAAUCCAUCCUCUCCGAUCAGAAGUUUAAGGCCUGGGAAUGCGGGACUCUGGAUCAAUGUAAAACAGGGGAAGGAAUAGAUACAAACACACCGGAGGACAACAGGAUGGGAUUCUAUGUUAAUGAUUCCAUGAUAUAUAGAAUGUAUUACCUCAGAACAAACAAAACCUCACCCUAUGACAUACCUUAAUGUUUAUUUUUUUUUAAAUAAUUUGCUUAUAUAUCUGAGGUAUGCAUUAUUGUAGACACCCAUUAACCUAUUAAUUUGUAUCAUUAAGAUGCUUGAUGAAAGUCUAAUAUAUAUAUAUAUUUAUAUUUCAAGUGUUUGUUGAAAAAAAAAUCUGUUGUUC